AUGGGCGCGCUUAGCGCCUUCGCGGCGCCUCCUGAUUGGCUGGCGCCCGUGUGGGCGGGGCCCAUGAGCGGCGCGGACCCCGCAGAGGCGCCCGAGGAGCAGGAGGAGCGGAGCUUCCUCAGCAUCGCGGAGGCAGCUGCUUUGGAGCGCGAGCUGCUGGAGGAUUAUUGCUUCGGACGGCAGCAGCUGGCGGAGCUGUGCGGACAUGCCAGCGCCGUGGCCGUGACCAAGGUCUUCCCCCUGCCCAUGCUCUCCCGGAAGCAGAGGACAGUGCUGGUGGUCUGUGGCCCGGAGCACAACGGGGCGGUGGGGCUGGUCUGCGCCCGGCACCUGCGCAUGUUUGAGUAUGAGCCCACCAUCUUCUACCCCACUCGCUCCCUGGAGUCACUGCACCAGGCCCUCACCACGCAGUGCGAGAAGAUGGACAUCCCCUUCCUGUCCUACCUGCCCAACGAGGUGCAGCUCAUCAAUGACGCCUACAGGCUGGUGGUGGACGCGAUUCUGGGCCCUGGUGUGGAGCCCCGCGAGGUCGGGGGCCCCUGCACGCGGGCGCUGGCCACGCUCAAACUCCUGUCUAUCCCCCUCGUCAGCCUGGACAUACCCUCAGGCUGGGACGCCGAGACGGGCUGCGGCGACUCCGAGGACGGGCUGCGGCCCGACGUGCUGGUGUCGCUGGCGGCGCCCAAGCUCUGCGCCGGCCGCUUCUCCGGGCGCCACCACUUCGUGGCCGGCCGCUUCGUGCCCGACGACGUGCGCCGCAAGUUCGCGCUGCGCCUGCCCGGCUACUCGGGCACCGACUGCGUGGCCGCGCUGUGACACGCGGGGACGAUAAUCGCGCGGGGACAAAUAAACGCCACUUGCACCCGA